AUGAACUCCAAACAAUAACAUAUGACAGCAUGUCCUGCCAUUCUGAAGGGAGACGAUCUUCCCGAUGACACACCACUUAAGGUAUAGAAUUCUAAUCUGCCGAAACCUAUUAUUUCAAAGAAAUUGAUGCCUUAAGUGAAUAAUGAAAUACUUUAUGAAAGACUCAAUUAAGAGGCUGAAAUAUUUAAGUAGAACAAUUAAAUGCUGAAGGAAUAUUAUGAAUAAGAAGAAUUACGUCCUUGCUCAUUUGCACCCUAAACGCUUAAUGAUGGUUAAGAAAAGAGAUCACUCUAUCAAUUUUUAUUCGAUCAAUAGAAUCAUGUUAUCAAAGUGGAAUAGAAAUUGGAAUAAAUUAAAUAAAAUGAAAUGGAACGUGAUCUACAACAUCCUUAUCAUCCAAAGACUAAUGAAUUCAACUUUUCAAAAAGAGAUGAAACAAUCCCUACUUAUGAAAGAUUGUACAAUCUCAAUUAAAAGAAACCAACUGAGCCAUUGAUGAAACAAUCAGAGUCUACAGUGGAUUAUCGCCCAUUAAUUUAAUAGAAGUCUUAAAAUAUAGUUCGUAAUCAAAAGGUAGAAGACAUUCUUUACUAAGAUGCAUAAAGAAGACUAUAGAAACAGAAGGAAGUGCAAGAGAAGAAAAAUACAACUAAAGUAGUGACAGUAAAUGUUAAAUUCACAUCAAAUAACAGCGAAAAAAUAGUUGCUUAAAAGUUCAUUAGAGAAUUUGAAACUGUAAUAGAUUGGAUUUUUGAUUAAACAGGCUAGGAUAGACCUUCAAAUGUAUCAUUUUCAAUUGACUAUCUCAAAUUAGGAGAAAUAUUGUAAAGAUUAGGCUUUUUGAAUUAAUUGCAAUUAAAGGAGAGCAAUGAAAAGGCUGUUGAAUAUGAAAAUCUACGUUUAUCGGAAGAAAGAGCAUUAUUAUGUGAGAUUUGGACUGUUUUGAGAGGAGAUGAACUAGGCGGGAUUAGUAAAAGAAACUUAUGUUUAUUUUUGUUAACUUUAAUAGGCAUUACAGAUUUUAAAAUCAAAGAGUUACCCUCUGCUUAAAAUGAAGAAGUUCCUAAUUAUUAAAAAUCUUUAUAACCAUAAUAGCAUAAAAUUGUUACUGCUCAUCAACCGAAUGAUAGACCAAAAUUAGGAACUAUAGAUAAAGAUGGUAAUAUCAUUUUCACAUUUGAGGAAACAAAAAAAAUUUAAAAACAAUUUGAUAUUUUAUAUAGAAAUAGAUUGGGUUGUGAGGAAUUGAAGAAAACAAAUUGGAAGGAUUAAAACCCUUAUAAACCAUAAAUAUUGCCUUAAUCAAAAUAGUUGGCUAAUCAAUUUAGAGAGAAAGUCUUAGAAGAGACAGCUAAUCUAAUCGAUAAUCAGUUGAUUAAAGUAAACAUUCCAGAAAAUGGGUAAAUUACUCAUGCGGAUUUAUUGGUAUUACAAAAGAAAGCUGUAGAAUAUCAUAAAGAAUAGAAGAAAUAAGAGAUAUUAUAAUAAUAAUUAGAUAAAUGUCCAUUCAAACCAUAAUUAAUGAGUAAUAGCAAUGGCAGUUGUUAAAAUAUAGAUGAAAGAAAAAGUUAGUCAAAGAAAUCAGAAAAAUAUUUGCAAUUGUAUUCUUUGGCUAAGCCUACUACAUAAAAAAGAGACAGAACAACUGAGGAAAUAGAAUAUGAAAGAUAAUAGGAAGAAUGCACUUUCUAACCUGGUCUAAUAAACAAAGGAAGUCAAUAAUAGAAAUAAGAGAGUCAUUUUGUAAAUAAAGAUGUAGAUAAGACAGUAUAAAGGAUGAGAUAAGCCAGACAAAGAAGAGAGGAAGUAUAAGGAAUGUUGGAGAGAGGAUAUAAGAUAAUAGCAAUCGAACUAAUAGACCAAGGUAAGUAGAAGCUAAUCUUAGAAUCAGUUGAAACAAACAACAUAA